AUGAAGUGCAAGCCGAACCAGACGCGGACCUACGACCCCGAGGGCUUCAAGCAGCGCGCCGCGUGCCUGUGCUUCCGCAGCGAGCGCGAGGACGAGGUGCUGCUCGUGAGCAGCAGCCGCCACCCCGACCGCUGGAUCGUGCCGGGCGGCGGCAUGGAGCCCGAGGAGGAGCCGUGCGGCGCGGCCGUGCGCGAGGUGUUCGAGGAGGCGGGCGUCAGGGGCAAGUUGGGCCGGCUGCUGGGCGUCUUCGAGCAGAACCAGGCCCGCAAGCACCGAACCUACGUGUAUGUGCUGACGGUCACCGAGCUGCUGGAGGACUGGGAGGACUCGGUGAAUGACAUAGAGUUGUUCAGAUUUACUUUGAAAGAAUCAAGUAUGUGAACCCAAUGGUGGAUGGAAUUAUGAAGCACAGGUGAG